AUGCAUGAUCUCCGUCGAUCUGUAACAACGCCGUCUCAAGGACCUCCCCCGAGCGUUGGCGGUAAGGAUUUGUCUUCAUUUGUUCCCGAUGGGUCUGGAUCAGGUGGAGGCACCGCGGGCCUGCCCAACCCGGCCCAGUUGGCCUUGUUUCAGGAAAACCGGGAGCGGCAGGCCCGGAACGCUGCUAGGGCAGUGCGUAGACAGGGCGGAGAAGAUAGCGUCAGCGAUGACGAGGAGCUGGGAAUGCUGAAUGGAUCAGAUGGUGCAUCUCCGGGUCAGUUAGACUCCCAGGAACCAUCGGCAAUGCCUGCAGGCGCGCCUUCGCGACCCAGGACGCCGGAAGAUGAUACCGAUAACCUGCAGUUACUUCGGGAUGUAAUGAAGAUGACUCCAAACUCUCGGGGCAUCGCCCUGAAGUUGUGGAACGCAGGUGUUGAUAAGCACAGCGGAACUGGCCCUCGGGCAGAGGCUACCGCAGGAAGUGGAGGCAAGGGUAGCGAAAAUGCGCUGAUAAUCAUAGACUCAGAGAUCAAAACUGACCUCUUUGCCGGCCGAGUCAUCGAGACGCCUCAGGAACUCCCCGCGCUUCUCAGGAACGGUUUCCAUCUUCCGCUCUCCAUGUGCACCUCUGAGGUGAUGACCAAGAUGCACAAGCAUCCGGAGCAGGUUCAGUAUCGUAAGAUGCACGACGGCAAAGGGAUCAAGAGGGCGUUGAUCGACAUUGCCCAAUGGCCCAAUGAACAGACGCUGAAGCCGGAGGAGUGGCGCGAUGCUUGGCGCAACUACUUCGAGAUCCUACCGGCCGUCUGCGAUGAUGAGAUUGUCAAGCGUUUCUUGGAGCACUACAUGUGGCUUUCCGGGCAGAGCGAUUUCAACAGGAUCUUCCCAGUGAUCCUCGCAUUUGAUAUCGAUGUGCACCGCGGAUAUUUCCUCAUGAAGAAGACCUUCGUCGUUGACUCGAAAAGCUACAAUGAUCACUUUCUCAAAGUCCGCCUGGAGCACAUCGAGAACGGUACUCGAGGCACGCUUCCUAUCCCUGCGGCUCCCAUUGCCAGUUCGUCCCAAACCCCGUAUCGUACACCAUCACACUCCCCCGAUUCAUGUCGCCCGCACCGCGAUGGUGCGGCAGACUCCACUGCCAAGCCCUUUCGUGACGGCAGAGCAUCUGCGUCCACGAGCAUGCUCUGCCUCAUCUGCAGCAAGAGUGGACAUCGGGCCAGUCAGUGCGGGUGA